AUGGAUUCAACUAAAAAGCUUCGCGAUGAAAUUACCAACUCUGUACACCAGGACAGGUUAAUUACUUUAAUGCGCCAAUUAACUUAUGAAUGCAAAGCGAUCGUCAUCAUGGCUACCCUUCUAGUAGGCGUAGGAAUUGCUAGAUUAUCAGUACCAAACUUUGCUUAUUACACUCUUGGAGUAGGAUUAUUUGGCCACUGUUAUUGGGUUGGAGGAUUGAUUAUUAUUACCGGAAUAGUUGGUGUUAUGGUUCACAAAGAUGAAAUUUUUCUUAAGUUAAUGGAUCUUAAAUUGAAUUUAAUAAAGGCUCAAAUCCAUUUAGGAUUUGCAAUUGCAAGCACCGUGGCAGUAGUAGCAGGAUUUGGAAUUGUCGUCUAUAAUCUAAGUCGUCUACCGUCGCUACCAGAGAGAAUUAAUAUCGUCUAUAACUUGAAUAACUGGUCAAAAACUUAUGGCAUGGUAGCCAGCAACGCCAUCGCUGAUAUUAUUAUUUUGAUGGAAUAUAUUAUCUUUUUUUGCAUAUGCUUGCAUUGCAUUAUAACCUAUAGAACUCUUCCUCAGCAGAGCAUAGUUGAUGAAAGGACCAGUGAUAUGGUAAAAAUAAUUGGCGCUGAAGUUCCUUUAAAAGACAUAUAA